AUGCGACUAAACGUGACGGCGAUCGGUGCACAAAAUGGCGCCUCCACGAUCGAAUGUUGGGAAGUGGAUUCGCCCAUCGACGCUGAGGGCAAUUUGAGUUUGGGGAACGUACAAAAUAUCACCUGGAGCGUUGUUCCGCCAGGAAAGUCCGAAGGGCCGCACAAUGCACCAUAUAAUUUGUGGCUGUUCCUGCUAAAAGGAAUGUUUCAUUUUACCCUUCCCGGUAACGAUUCGACGGACGCCUACCUGACGGCUGGGGAAUUCGGUCUCUUGUUCGCGGCAGAUACGGCAGACGUGAGCGUCACCGGCCAUUCUAGCGCGUCACUGGGCAAUACCGAGACUGUUUUUGCGCGGAUGGCGACGGAGGGUGGAGGGCUUCCCAAUCAUAGGACAGUGCACAUGGGCGCAUGCAAUGCAACUGAAAUGGCAGGUUGGAGGAAGCUGGGCUGGAACAAGGACAAGACCUGGAGAGUGGCAGGUCAGAGGUAG